AAAAACAUUUUUUGGUAUAAAUAAAUUUUUUUUUUGUGCGCAAAACUACAAUUAGUAAAACUAUAUUAAAAAUGGAUAAAGAUUUGAAUGGCGCUAUGCAAAACGUAUCUAUUAAUAGUACCAAUGGCUGUUGUAAUGUCGCAACAAAGUCAACUGCAAUGGCAAACAACAAAGUUCCCAUUGAUCACAUCCAAAGCAACGGCACAAAAUCUGUGAAGAAUUGCAUUUGCAACGAAAGCUGCCCCAACGCGACCAGAGACGAAACAGACAACGCUCGAAUACUUAGCCACGCUGGUGUAAGUGCCAACGGCACCCCAGUCAUUGCAUCCAGUUUAUCAUAUAAGUCAGUGCAAGCAACAUCACCAACACCUGAAGAAAUACCGCCUUACGCUAACGCAAGUGUAGCGGAAAAAUACAAAAUGGUUCACGAAUUAUGUCAGCAAUUAAUACUCACAGAUGAGCAAAUACUCGAACUCAACUAUCGUAUUUUGCACGAAGUCAAAAAAGGUUUACGUAAGGACACACACGACAAGGCGAAUGUCAAGUGCUUCGUUACGUACGUACAAGAUCUGCCAAAUGGCAAUGAACGUGGAAAAUUCUUAGCACUUGACCUUGGCGGCACCAAUUUCCGUGUAUUGCUUAUACAAUUGAAAGAGGAUCAUGAUUUUCAAAUGGAAUCACGCAUAUACGCAAUUCCACAACAUAUAAUGUUGGGUUCGGGUCAACAACUGUUCGAUCACAUUGCUGAAUGUUUGGCCAAUUUUAUGUCUGAACACAAUGUUUACAAGGAGCGGUUGCCUCUGGGUUUCACUUUUUCAUUUCCGUUACUGCAGUUGGGCUUGACAAAAGGCCUACUCGUGACUUGGACAAAAGGUUUCGAUUGUUCUGGUGUAGUGAAUGAAGAUGUUGUGCAAUUAUUAAAAGAUGCUAUAGCGCGGCGUGGAGAUGUGCAGAUCGAUGUAUGUGCUAUACUAAAUGAUACCACUGGUACGCUCAUGUCAUGUGCAUGGAAAAAUCAUAACUGCAAAAUUGGUUUGAUUGUUGGUACCGGCUGUAAUGUUUGUUACGUUGAGCGUGUUGAGGAAGUUGAAUUGUAUGACGGUGAAGACAACGGCAAACCACAUGUACUAAUCAAUACUGAAUGGGGUGCCUUCGGCGAUAAUGGCGCACUUAACUUUGUGCGUACGGAAUUCGAUGAAGAAGUAGAUUCACACUCAAUCAAUCCAGGUAAACAAGUGUUUGAGAAAAUGAUUUCCGGCAUGUAUAUGGGUGAAUUGGUACGAUUGGUUAUUGUAAAAAUGGUUAAAGCUGGUGUGCUAUUCCGAGGACAGAACUCUGAUGUGCUGAUGACACGCGGUCAAUUCUUUACAAAAUAUGUAUCAGAAAUCGAAGCUGAUGAGCCUGGCACAUACACCAAUUGCCGCCUAGUACUGGAGGAAUUGGGUUUGAAUAAUGCCACAGAUGACGAUUGUGCCAACGUACGCUACAUCUGCGAAUGUGUGUCGAAACGUGCAGCGCAUUUAGUUUCAUGCGGCCUUGCCACUCUAAUCAAUAAAAUGGAUGAGCCCAGCGUAACUGUUGGUGUUGACGGCAGUGUAUAUCGAUUCCAUCCCAAAUUCCACAAUUUAAUGGUAGAAAAAAUUUCUCAGCUGGUGAAACCUGGCAUUAGUUUUGAUUUAAUGUUGUCCGAAGAUGGUUCAGGACGUGGUGCUGCGCUGGUAGCGGCCGUAGCCUGCAGAGAGGAUAAUGUGAAAAAGUAUUGCGUCAUGCUCUGAAAACUGAUGAUGAAAACUUGAAUGCAAAUCGUACAGUACGUACAGUACAGUACCAUUCAAAUUAUUUACUCAAAUUAUUAUUGAUUGAAGAAGAAUUUAUUAUAAAUUAAUUAAUUACAAAUCAUUUUGAACUUAUAAAAAAUUGGUACUUAUAGUUAAAUUGAUGAGAAUGAACGUUUUUAUUUUUAGCUGUAAAAGACAUGUCCUUUAAGAAUUGCUUGAAGCAAAAUAAAUGCCCUUUAGUAAAUUUUACUUAUGUAAGUGCAACGCACACACACUCACGUACAGAGGAUAUUUACAUAUGUAAAUAUGUAAAAACAAUAUUGUAUUUGAGAGCAUAGUACAUAAUUUUUUAUAGCGAAAGAAAA